AUGCCACACGGGUACCUGAUAUAUUCCAUAUUCGUGAGCAGCGACAAGAGAGAGAGAGAGAAGAUGAUUCCUGUUGUCUCUUUCAUGAAAAAGGUGGUGGGGAAUGAAGGAUCACCAGGAGACGGAGUUGGUGGUAUAGGUGGCGGUGAGGAAGGGAAGUUGACGAAACUGAGGGCUACGUUGGCGUCGGGCUUAUCGAGUGCAGCCACUUUAAGGCGAGGAGAUCAUCAGUUCUCCUCUUUGCAAGCUUGUGCAGAUGCCUACUCCGCAACUCCACCUGUUCACUUCCAAGCUUCCGAGUCCGGACAGACUUUACUCGAGAAACUCGAGGACCGAUCCAUGGAUGCGAACGGAAGCCUGAAGUCGAAGGCAGGUCCUUCAUGCCGAGUGUGUGUCAAGAGUAUCGAUGAAGACGAGUUCCAUCGGACCUGCAUGGAAUGCAAACAGCUCAUUUGCGAAGAUUGUGCAUCUUACUCUGAGGAUCAGCCGGAGGUGAGAAGCAUCGAGUCAUUCGAUCAGGGUGGCUUCCGUUUCACUGAGAGCAAAACGGCUGAAAUUUGA